UUACGGACCGAUCAUUUCUCUCUUUUAAAACUAUUAUUAUUUCUUUUCGUUAACGACAUAUGAAACUCCCGAAGAUGGCUACGAAAAGUUUCAGGGCUUUUUUCUUUGCGCUACUCCUCGCCGCCUCUCCUCUUCUCCAAGUCGCUAGGGGUCAAUCAGAAGCAGAUGUUGUUACAGAAGUUGUUGAUGGAGGAGAUCUUGGGAUUGUUGGUGAGGAUGUUCCAGAUACUGAUGGUGAGAGAUUUGGCCCAGCUCCGGGAGUUGAAACUGUAUGCCUUUUCCCCAAAAAUAGUGCGAAAUUGGUUGCUGCCGGAGCAGAGACUGAACUUUUAGUUGGGAUGGAAUAUGUUGGGGAGUCACCUUUAAAAAUCAUUACAAUCCAAGCCAGUGUUCAUCUCCCUUAUGAUCAUCGAAUGCUUGUUCAAAAUCUUACAGCUCAUGUCUUCAACAAUGCGACUGUAUCCUCGUCAGUGCAAGUUACUUUCCCAUACAUGUUUGCUGUUAGCAAGUACUUACAGCCUGGAACUUUUGAUCUUGUGGGUACGAUUGUCUAUGAAAUUGACCAGUACCCCUACCAGAAUACAUUCUACAAUGGUACCAUUGAAGUUGUUGAGGCUGGUGGAUUUGUCAGUGUUGAGUCUGUCUUUCUUGUUACCCUUGGGAUUGCACUUCUUGUUCUCCUUGGUUUAUGGCUUCAUGGUCAAUUUCAGCGUAUCACCAAGAAAACUAAUAAGGCUCCAAAGGUGGAAGUCGGGACUCGGAAUACUGAUGCAUCGAUGGAUGAAUGGCUUCAGGGAACCGCAUACACUCAGUCAGCUGCCAAAUCAAAGAAAAGAAGUAGAUUGCCGAUGCUUAUGAAGUCCAGAGAAAUUCGAAGUGAGGGCGCUAGUAGUUUGAGAAUUAGGCCACAGGAGAAAGGACACACCUUGCAGUUGUAGCAUGUGAAAAAUUCUUCCCUUCUACCAUUUUCUUUUUACCACAUCUUGUUUUCACGAGGAUGUUGAAAUCAAGCCAUUUUGAAAGUCUGGAGAUCUGAUUUUAUCCAUGAAACUUAUCGCAUCGGCUGCUAUAUUACUUUUGUGUACACGAGAAUUACCGUAUUUCGAUUUAUA